AUGCCAGCCACCUCCCUCCCUCGCUGGGGCUCCUUCGCCGGGCCCGUGAUCCGCACCUCCUGCCUCCCUCCCUCGCCGGGGCUCCUUCGUCGGGGCCGUGAUCCCCGCCAGCAGCUGCCUCCCCGGACCUCAUCGACAGACAUCCACCAUAAGCAAGAGCGCGUCAUCUCCCCAAGCUCCUUUCCUGCAUCAAUGGUGCCGCCUCCCAAGAACAUGCCAAAUCAUCAGUACUACAUGUGUGUUGCAUCAGUGACACAUGUUCCUAUGAUGCAGAAGCAGAUACCACCUAACAUUGAAGCUUACGUUCUGCCAAGGCUAGAGAUGCGCUUUGAAACUUUCAAAGAAGCAAAGGACUUCUACAACAUCUAUGCAAAGCACGCGGGUUUUGCUGUCAGGGAAGGCUCCAAGGUUGAGACUAGAGUCUACCUUUAUUGCACCAAAACAAAGAAUUCAAGGAUGGAUGAUGUGGACGAUGUCCUAAAGACUGUCAACUUCUUUAGGGAGAUGAAAGCUAUAAACAGGGAAUUCUUCCGUGACAUGCAACUUGAUGAGUCCGACAGAGUUAAGAACAUAUUCUGGGCGAACGCAAGCUGCCGAGGGGCGUAUCAGGACUUCGGUGACUGCAUAAGAGAUGAAGAUGCAGAUUCAUUCAGAUGGUUGUUCAAGAAAUUUUUAAGGUGCAUGAGAGGGAAGGCUCCUACAUGCAUCCCCACAGACCAGUGCCCGGCGAUGGCUUUGGCGAUCCCAGAUGCUUUCAAGAACACAGUACACAAGCUCCGCCGCUGGCACAUUAUGAAGAAGUACAGGGAACACCUCGCAUACAUGUACAAUCUGCACGAAGACUUUAAGGAUGAAUUCACAUCAAUCCUCAACUGGCCCCUCAUGCCAACUGAGCUUGAGGCUGCCUGGAAAAGACUCAUGGAUAGGUACAACCUCCAUGAUGAUGCCACGAUGAAGGAACAAAACACGCUGACCUUCUAUGGGUUUGACACCCAGAUGGCAAAUCUUUACUCACGAGCUGUGUACAGCGAGAUCAAAAAAAGGCUAAAACUGAGCACACACUUCAUGGCGAUAGAGACGGAAGAGCCCACAAAGUACCUCGUGCGCUACAACAACCCGCAAAAACUGUCUGCAUGGGCUCAGCACGCGUUCUAG